AUGUAUUAUGGUCAACCGGCGGGCUCUGCACUUUCUUCGGUGGAGGGUAGUCGUCCAUCCUCAGCACGUCCGACAACACCCAACUCCAACCCCAUCCAUCGUUUAACCACCGCUGCUACUCGCCCGAGGACCCGUACCAACGAAACGGGACAAAGCAUACGAUGGAUGAGCAAACCUGACCCACGUGACCCCCGGAGCCAUUGGGUGAAGGCCCUGAGGUUGCAGAGAGACCCGGACACUUUCGCCAUCAAUUGCGACACAGCUGGUCUCCGCAUUUGUACCCCGAUAGACGUAAUGUUCGCCCCAGGGGGAGUACAUGGGGGGCUCCGUCUAUGGAUUCCCGAACAGAGCCUUUUCUCGGACGCAGAAACAUUCAAGUAUGGUCCUUUUGCUUGGGAUUCAUAUUCCCACUUGGAAGACACUGAACCUGGACGUGAAAAGACACUCCAGAUGCGAGUGCUUGACCUUGAACGGAAGCGGUACGAAAACGCUAGAUGGUGGAGGAAUCUUAAUCGAUGGAUGAUACCUCUGGGACUGGUGAUCAUUACAAUCGUUAUCACAUUGGCUGUUGUGGGAACGAAGGUGGGCUUCUAG